CCUCCUCCCCUCCCCCCGGCCGCAGCGGGGAGCUCCGGCCCAGCCCGGCCCGGCCCGGCCCGGCCAUGCCUCCGCCCCCCAAGCGGGCCCGGGAGCCGGCCGAGCUGGAGCAGCAGCGGCGCCAGGAGCAGAAGCGGCGCCGGCGGGACGCUCAGCAGCGGCAGCAGCUGCAGCACCUAGAGUCCUUUUAUGAAAAACCUCCUCCUGGACUUAUCAAGGAAGAUGAGACCAAGCCAGAAGACUGUAUACCAGAUGUACCAGGCAAUGAACAUGCCAGAGAAUUUCUGGCUCAUGCUCCAACUAAAGGCCUCUGGAUGCCCCUGGGGAAAGAAGUCAAGGUUAUGCAAUGCUGGCGCUGUAAACGGUAUGGACACAGAACAGGGGACAAAGAAUGCCCGUUCUUUAUCAAAGGCAAUCAGAAAUUAGAACAAUUCAGAGUAGCACAUGAAGAUCCCAUGUAUGACAUUAUAAGGGAGAAUAAGCGUCAUGAAAAAGAUGUGAGGAUACAACAGCUAAAGAAGCUACUAGAGGAUUCUACCUCAGAUGAAGAUGGCAGUACUUCCAGCUCCUCAGAAUGUAAGGAGAAGCAUAAGAGAAAGAAGAAGAAGGAGAAACAUAAGAAGAGGAAAAAAGAGAAGAAAAAGAAAAAGAAAAAGAAAAAAAAGCAUAAAUCUAAGUCAAAUGAGAGUUCAGACUCUGACUAAAAAGCAGUUUUCUUUUAAUCCGCCUCGUUACUCCAGAAUCAUAGCUGAAUGUCAGAGAUACUACAGGAGAAGCAGACACAGAAAAAGGAACGAAGAAAUGUGUGUCAUUAGCAUCACUUCUGUGGCAUUUUGCUCUUGCUGCCAACAGUGAUGAAUUCAACAUGAUACUGAGUAGCUUCUAUGCCGUAUUGCAGGACUCACUGUCAUCUUCCCUGAUUACUGCAGUUUGUGAUAGAUUUUUUUUAAGAAAAUCAAGCAUAAGAUAUAAAGACAUGAAGAUAUUCCAGGCAUUUCCAAAAGAGAUUUGAUUCCCCCAUGAAAGCAGAGGGUUAGUGGCGCUAUAGGCUGACUUACUUGAAAAUUCUAGAUCUUCAGCAGUUGCAAGUGAGUGCUAUUAGGUGUUGAAUAAUAACACUCAGUUAACUCGGACUUAAAAGAGAACAUCCUUGCUGCAGACAAGAAGCUUGUUUAAAUUAUAAUGGUGGUACACGAAAAAGGCAACCAUAUGAAAUAUUCCAUCUUCAUUAUAAUUAUUUUGUUUAGGAGUCUGAACUCCACUAAAGUAACUGCUUCACAAAGAUAUUUAGGAAAAAUUAUUUUCAAGCAGCAAAAAUCCUUUCUCUAUGCUUCACCUAACUAUACCCUAACCUACUCAGAACAAAAGAAAAACAAAACCCAUUAAAAACAUGUACUUAAGCAAAAUAAAUUUCCUAUUUGU